GGUGGUGUGACGUCAUAAGGCUGUGCGCACUCCCGCGUCUGUGAUUCGGCUGAAGAAAGAUAAACUGAGGUCCAUGUGACACUUUUAUAAAGAUGGAGUUUAUCAAAGAGGAGAGUGAAGACGUGAAGAUUGAAGAAACAUUCAGAGUCAAACAUGAAGAGACUGAGACACACAAUAUUAUAAAGAUGGAGUUUAUUAAAGAGGAGAGAGAAGAUGUGAAGAUUGAAGAAACAUUCAGAGUCAAACAUGAAGAGACUGAGGAACAAACAGACCUGAUGGCACUGAAAGAUGAGAGUCAAGGACUGAAUGAAACAGAAGAGAAAGAUAAAAAUGAGAAACAUCAUGAUUUCAAAACUAAAGAAAAAUCAAUUAGUUGUUCACAGACUGAAAAGACUCAGAAAAUACAAACUAAAACCCUUAAUUACAACAGAAUUCACACUGGAGAGAAAUCUUACACCUGCAAACUGUGUGGAAAGAGAUUUACGCAACAAAAUACCCUUAAUGUCCACAUGAGAAUUCACACUGGAGAGAAACCUUACACCUGCAAAAUGUGUGGAAAGUGUUUUACACGGAAAAAUCACCUUAAUGUCCACAAGAGAAUUCACAGUGAAGAGAAACCAUUCAUAUGCCCUCAGUGUGGAAAGCGAUUUAAACAGAAAAGUACCCUUAAUGUCCACAUGAGAAUUCACACUGGAGAGAAACCUUACACCUGCAAAGUGUGUGGAAAGUGUUUUACACUGAAAGAUCACCUUAAUGUCCACAAGAGAAUUCACAGUGAAGAGAAACCAUUCAUAUGCCCUCAUUGUGGAAAGAGAUUUACACAGAUAAAUAGCCUUAAUGUCCACAUGAGGAUUCACACUGGAGAGAAACCUUACACCUGUGAGCUGUGUGAGAAGAGUUUCACACGUAUUGGAGAGCUUAAGAUUCACAAGAGCAUUCACAGUGAAGAGAAACCAUUCAUAUGCCCUCAGUGUGGAAAGAGAUUUAAACAGAAAAAUACCCUUAAUGUCCACAUGAGAAUUCACACUGGAGAGAAACCUUACACCUGCAAAAUGUGUGGAAAGUGUUUUACACGGAAAAUUCACCUUAAUGUCCACAAGAGAAUUCACAGUGAAGAGAAACCAUUCAUAUGCCCUCAUUGUGGAAAGAGAUUUACACAGAUAAAUAGCCUUAAUGUCCACAUGAGGAUUCACACUGGAGAGAAACCAUUCAUAUGCCCUCAUUGUGGAAAGAGAUUUACACAGAUAAAUAGCCUUAAUGUCCACAUGAGGAUUCACACUGGAGAAAAACCUUACACCUGUGAGCUGUGUGAGAAGAGUUUCACACGUAUUGGAGAGCUUAAGAUUCACAAGAGCAUUCACAGUGAAGAGAAACCAUUCAUAUGCCCUCAGUGUGGAAAGAGAUUUAAACAGAAAAAUACCCUUAAUGUCCACAUGAGAAUUCACACUGGAGAGAAACCUUACACCUGCAAAAUGUGUGGAAAGUGCUUUACACAGAAAAAUCACCUUAAUGUCCACAUGAGAAUUCACACUGGAGAGAAACCUUACACCUGUGAGCUGUGUGAGAAGAGUUACACACGAAAGGAAGAUCUUAAAAUUCACAAGAGAAUUCACAGUAAAGAGAAACCAUUCAUAUGCCCUCAGUGUGGAAAGAGAUUUACACAGAAAAAUACCCUUACUGUCCACAUGAGAAUUCACACUGGAGAGAAACCUUACACCUGCAAAAUGUGUGGAAAGUGUUUUACACGGAAAGAUCACCUUACUGUCCACAUGAGAAUUCACAGUGAAGAGAAACUAUUCAUAUGCCCUCAGUGUGGAAAGAAAUUUACAAGGAAAAAUACCCUUAAUGUCCACAUGAGUAUUCACACCGGAGAGAAACCUUUUAUCUGAAAACUCUGUGGAAAGAAUUUCUCACAUAACAUAUACCUAAAGAAUCACAUGAGGAUUCACACUGAUGAGAAACCUUUCACCUGUGAACAGUGUGGAAAGAGUUUCAGGGCUAUAGCAAGCCUAAAGAUUCACAUGAGAGUUCACACUGGAGAGAGGCCAUUCAAAUGUGAUCAGUGUGAAAUUAGUUUCUCAUUUUACAAAAACCUGAAACAUCAUUUGAAAUGUCAUUCUGACAAGAAAAUGCCAUUUUCCUCAGAAUAACAAGAGGUUUAGAAAAAAAGAGUGAUUUCUUGGAUUACUCUCUUAUCAUUUAUUCAGGAGCAGAUUUAUUUUAAAAAUAUUGUCCCAAUUUUGAAACUUACAAAUCCGUCACAUUUAACUUUCAGCUCAUUCAAUAUAAAGUGCACAGACAGCAUUAUUCUUGUACAAGGUUACAUUCUACAUACCCCUCUAUGUCACCCUUAUGUAUUAAAUGUAGGCCCAAUGAGGGAACUUUGGGUCAUUUAUUUUGGUUCUGCCCCCCCAAAAAUAAGUUCUGGUUUGUUUUGUUUUUAUUCAAGGGUGUUAAGACUGAUUUUCCCCAUGGAAUUCUUGUUACUGUAUUCAUCUGGUCUCCAUGUUUGGAAACCUAUAGUCCCAGUCAAACUCAAGCAGUCCAGUAUGGGAUGACAAUAACAAAGAAAAUACUAUUUUGAAGAUGUGAAAGAAAGAGUUUGUACACAAAUUUGAGAUGUGGCUAACAGAGUUUAGCAGUGUGCUACAUAUGGAGAAAUUCAGAUGUGAAAUUGCUGGUAAACUGAAGAGAUUCUUACAGAUAUGGAAACCCUUUUAAAUAUCUUGAAGGUGAUAACUGAUUGUUAAUUUCAACACUCUAAUAAAGGGAUAGGUAACGUUGGUUCUGGGUACCACUGUCCUGCAGAUUUUAGCUCCAACCCUAAUCAAACACACCUGAACAAGCUACAUUUUUACAAGGGCUACAGGCAGGUGUUGGUUUUUUCAAGGUUUGAGCUAAACUCUGCAGGACAUCAUCACUCCAGGACCACGUUGCCUAUCCCUGAUCUGGACAUAUUCUCUGUGUGGUGUGACAGAGUAUGUCCAGUAAGGUUAUCAUGCAGCUAUUGAAUAAUUGGAUAAUAUUUUGUACUGAUAUUUUAUUUUAUAUAGCCCCCCCCCCCCCCCCCCCACACACCUUUUUCCUCGAUGUGUAAGUAAGCCUAUGGGUGAGACUUCCGUUGAUAACAGAUUAAAAUAACAUGAUAGGACACAUUAAUUGUCAAUAUCAAGCAGCAAAACAAACUGUUUUGUACAGCUAAAAUAGCUAAACGCAAAUGAGACCAGAAGCUAGACCUAUAGAAUUUACAAAUGACGGCGCCCGUUUUAACGUUAGGAAAAAGGUGGAUACAUUUUAAGUAUGAAGGUAAAAGAAUAGCAAAACUCGAGAACUUGUUGAUUUGAAUGUGACAACUUGUCAUAUUAAUAUUUGUACAAACCCGUUUCCAAAAAUGUUGGGACACUGUACAAAUUGUGAGUAAAAAAGGAAUUGAAUCAUUUACAAAUCUCAUUAACAUUUAUUUUAUUCACAAUAGAAUAUAGAUAACAUAUCAAAAGUUGAAAGUGAGACAUUUUGAAAUGUCAUGCCAAAUAUUGUGAUUUUGCAUUUCAUGAGAGCUGCACAUUCCAAAAAAGUUGAGACAUGUAGCAAUAAGAGGCAGGAAAAGUUAAAAGUGCAUAUAAGGAACUGCUGGAGGACCAAUUUGCAAUUUUUAAGGUCAAUUGGCAACAUGAUUGGGUAUAAAAUGAGCCUCUCAGAGUGGCAGUGUCUCUCAGAAGUCAAGAUGGGCAGAGGAUCACCAACUCCCCCAAUGCUGCUUCGAAACAUAGUGGAGCAAUAUGAGAAAGGAUUUUCUCAGAUUAAAAAAUGAAAAUAAUUUGAAGUUAUCAUGAUCUACAGUGCAUAAUAUCAUCCAAAAAUGCAUAGAAUCUGGAACAAUUUCUGUGCAUAAGGGUCCAGGCCGGAAAACCAUACUGGAUGACGUCGAUCUUCGGGCCCUUAGACGGCACUACAUCACAUGCUUAGACGGAAUGCUACUCUAAUGGAAAUCACAACAUGGGCUCAGGAAUACUUUCAGAAAACAUUGUCGGUGAACACAAUCCACCGUGCCAUUUGCCGUUGCAGUCUAAAACUCUAUAAAAGAAAGCCAUUUCUAAACUUAAUCCAGAAGUGCAGGUGUUUUCUCUGUGCCAAGGCUCAUUUAAAAUGGACUGUGGUUAAGUGGAAAACUGUUCUGUGGUUAGACGAAUCAAAAUUUCUUUUUGGAAAACUGGGAUGCCAUGUCAUCCGGACUGAAGAGGACAAGUACAACCCAAGUUGUUAUCAGCGCUCAGUUCAGAAGCUAGCAUCUCUGAUGGGAUGGGGUUGCAUAUAUCCAAGUUCUAGAACAACAUGUGCUCCCAUCCAGACGUUGUCUUUUUCAGGGAAGACCUUGCAUUUUCCAACAUGACAAUGCCAGACCACAUACUGAAUCAAUUACAACAUCAUGGCUGCGUAGAAGAAGAAUCUGGGUACUGAAAUGCAGAUCUGGGCCUGCAGUCCAGAUCUUUCACCCAUAAAAAAACGUUUGACUUGAAACGUUGCUGCACACCAAGCAAAAAAAGACACCAAAGUAGGUUCGAGAGAGUGAAUCGAAAGCAUUAGGAGCUGUCUGCUCUGCUCUCUAUAGCUCAUGAAUGUCACACAACCUGGACAUUUUAGGCAAUAUUAAACUCCUGGCCGGGACGUGUCCCGUAUGAACGGCGCAUGUGGCCACUCUAUUGAGAAUAAACUGCUUACCUGUGCUCCCACUUUCCAGUGAUCACUCCGGUGUAUUCUCCAAGUUCCUGUUUUCAUUGUCAUCCAGUUGUCAUUGUGUGUAUAAGUGCUCCAUGUGUGGUUGUAGCUCCAUGUAGCUUUGCUUUUCUGUUGAAUUUCCUUCUUACUAUCUCUCUCUGUUGUCUAAAGUGAUCAAACAUAAACUUAAUUCCAACCA